AUGCUCUACGUCGCCCGCUCCGCCUCCCUGCGCCUGCCCGCCGGCGCGCCGCUGAAGCGGCCAGCGCAGUGCUACGCGGCGGCGCUGUCGAGGUGCUUCAGCGUGGCCCCGGCGGAGAGCCGAGACCCCCUCGGGUAUUCGAAGGUCGCCAGCGACGUCCGUUUCCUGAAAGAGAUCUUCUGGGAGGUGCUUCGGACGAACGAGCCCGAGCUGGAGGCCGUGGUUAGGCGCCUCAAGGCGACGUCUCGCGACUGGCGUGACCACAACUCCCCGAAGGCCAAGUACGAGGGCGAGUUCCAGUCCCUGUGCAGCCAGGUGGAGAACCUCGACCCGUCACUGCUGCGCGACGUGGCGCGCGCCUUCUCCCACCUGCUCGCGCUCUCGAACGUGGCGGAGACCCACACGCAGGGCAAGAUACUCCGGCAGAACCUCUCCCCCGUCAGCUACUCCUCCCCGAUCGUCGCCUCGGCGAGCGACGCGCUGCCGGCGACGGUCGAUUCGUGCGUCGGGACGAUCCAGGCGAUCGUGGCCGAGGAGACGGCGGAUCCAUGGGACAGAUCUACGACGCGCUCAUCAAGCAGCAGGAGGGUGGAGAUCGUCUUCACGGCGCAUCCGACGGAGGUGAACAAGGACGAGCUCCUCACCAAGCACCGUGUGCUGUCCGAGUUGCUUGACAGGCGGGACUUGGCCGAGGAGAACAUCAAGACCACGCACUUCGAGCUGUCCCAGAACGAGCGCGCCUUCCGCCGCACCAUCUCGGCCAUGUGGGGCUCCGACGUGCUGAGGCGGGCGAAGCCGACGCCGCAAGAGGAGGCACGCGACGGCCUGUCCGUGAUCCCGAACGUGCUCUGGGACGCGGUGCCCGACUUCCUGCGGCGCCUCAACGCCGUGGUGUCGGCCAAGUGCCACAAGCCUCUGCCGCUGUCGGCCUGCCCUAUCGUCUUCUCGUCGUGGAUGGGUGGCGACCGCGAUGGCAACCCGAACGUGACGUCGCAGGUCACCCGCGAGGUGGUCGUGGCGCAGCGCCACCAGGCGGCCCUGCUCUACCUCAAGGCAUUGGGCAAGUUGCGGUUGGACUUGAGCGUUCGCAGGUGCACCUCCGAGCUGGCCGCGCUCGCCGGCGAGAGCGGCUCGGCGGAGCCGUACAAGGCCGUCAUCGACCAGCUGAUCGAGCGGCUGCGCAGCACGGUCAGGUGGGCCGAGAAGCAGCAGAACAAGAUGGGGGUGAUGGCCACGGAGCCGUCCUUCGUGCGAGGAGGUGGCAGCGUCUCCGCUGCGCCGCUGCUGGAUGUCGAGGAAUUCGCCUCUGUGCUGACGGUCAUGCAUGAGUCGCUUGUGGCCUCUGGCUUCGAGGACCUGGCGGACGGGAGCCUCGUGGACCUGAUCAGGCAAGUGCGGGCCUUCGGCCUGAACCUGGCGCCCCUGGACCUGCGCCAGGAGUCCACCCGCCACAUGAAGGCGGUCGAUGCGAUCGCCAGCCUGGCAGGCACGAGCGGAUACGCGGAGUGGCCGGAGGACAAGAAGGUCGAGUGGCUCUCCAACGAGCUCAAGACUGGCCGCCCGCUGCUGAAGCGCGGCUCCUUCGAGAAGCUGGCAGAAUUGGGUCUCGCCAAGGACGAGGUGGAGGUGCUCGAGACGGCCGCCCUCACCGCCGAGCUCCCCCCCGGCUCGCUGCGCGCGUACGUCAUCUCCCAGGCGACGUCCGCCUCGGACGUGCUGGCCGUGGAGCUACUCAUGGCGGAGGCCGGGUGCAGGAAGCCUCUCCCGGUGGCGCCCCUCUUCGAGACCCUGGACGACCUGAACACCGCUCCCGCCACGCUCAGGCAGCUCUUCACGACCCCCGGCUACAAGGAACGCACCAAAGGCCAGCAGAUGGUGAUGGUCGGCUAUUCUGACUCUGCCAAGGACGCGGGGCGGAUCGCGGCCAUGUGGGCGCAGUACACGUCGCAGGAGAAGAUGCUGGCGGUGGCCAAGGAGCACGGCUUCAGCGUGACGUUCUUCCACGGCAAGGGUGGCACCGUGGGCCGCGGCGGCAACCCGCAGGUGUACAAGGCGGUGCUCGCGCACCCGCAGGGCACCAUCGGCGGCCGCUUCCGCAUCACGGAGCAGGGCGAGAUGAUCUCAAAGAAUUGGGGAGACAAGAUGGCGGCCGAGCGCACGAUGAACAUCUACACGGCAGCGGUGCUCCGCGACCAGUUCAAGCAGCGUCCCGAGCCCACGGCGGCCUGGCGAGAGAACAUGGACAAGAUGUCCGACGUCUCCUGCGAGUUCUACCGCUCCGUGGUGCGCGGCGAGCCACGCUUCGUGCCCUACUUCCGCUCUGCCACGCCGGAGCUGGAGUUGGGGGGCCUGAACGUGGGCAGCCGGCCCGCCAAGCGCAACCCGAAGGGCGGAGUGGAGUCCCUGCGCGCCAUCCCGUGGAUCUUCGCGUGGGCGCAGACGCGCCUGAACUUGCCCGUCUGGCUGGGCAUCGGCAGGGCGCUCGAGGGGGCGGUCGAGGGCGGCAAGGGCCCGGUGGACCUGCAGGCGCUGCGGACGAUGUACAAGGAGGGGGGGGGGUGGCCGUGGUUCAAUACCACGAUCGACCUCAUCGAGGUGAUCAUCGCCAAGUCCGAGAAGAACAUCGCGGCGUACUACGACAGGCGCUUGGUGAAGGACCCCGACCUGCUGGCGCUCGGCGCGAGGCUGCGCGGGCGCUUCGAGGUCGUCGAGAAGGCGGUCCUGGCGAUCAGCGACCACACCACGCCCCAGACUGGGGACGAGCUGGAGUCCCUCAGGGUGCGCAACCACCUGAUGGACGUCCUGAACAUCAUCCAGGUCGAGACGCUCCUGCGCCUGCGCGCCGCCGAGUCCGCCUCCGAGGCCUCCGACGACGUCGAGGUGCUGAAGGACGCCCUUCUCGUCACCAUCAACGGGAUCGCCACCGGCAUGCGCAACUCGGCAUGA